AUGGUUAAGAUUCCUCCAAUGGAGGAUUUGAAAUUACCAGAAGCAGUAUCUCCUCCUCCAGAAGAACCUAAUGUGACAUCAGAUGUUACUGAUGAUGUUGUAAUCAUAAAGCCUGAGUUGCAGCAGCCUCAAGAAGAUGAAGCAGUGCAACAAUCUCAAGAAAAUGAUGAUGUUGUAAUCAUAAAGCCUGAGCUGCAGCAGCCUCAUGAAGAUGAAGCAGUGCAACAAUCUCAAGAAAAUGAUGAUUCAACAGAAAAUGAGAAAAUUUACAUGGAUGACACUUUUUUGCCCUCUGGUUUAUCAAGCAGUCAAGCAGAAGAAGCACAAGAUCCUUCUUCUAAUCCUACUCCUGUUUCUGAGAUUGUUCUGCCUCGAGUGAAGAUUAAGCAUGGAGCUGAAGGCGCACCAAGAGUGCCUUCAAGAUCUCUUUCUUCCCUAAGAAGCCUUGGAUCUCCAAGAACACUCUUGUCUCCAAGAUUUGGAGGAACAUCAUCAUCACCUUUGAGCAAUGGAACACCCAAUUCUUACAGACACUCGAUUGACACAGCAUCACCUUUUGAAUCUGUUAAAGAAGCUGUCUCAAAAUUUGGAGGAAUCACAGAUUGGAAAGCACAUAGAAUGGAAGUAUUAGAGAGACGCAAGUUUGUGGAACAAGAACUCGAAAAGUUGGAAGAGCAGAUCCCUGAGUACAAGAAAAAAUCAGAAAUUGUUGAGAUGUCAAAGUUUCAAACGGUUGAGGAGUUAGAGAACACAAAGAGACUCAUUGAAGAGUUGAAGCUUAAUCUUGAAAAGGCGGAGACAGAAGAGAAACAAGCAAAACAAGACUCUGAACUUGCAAAGAUGAGAGUUGAGGAGAUGGAACAAGGAAUUGCUGGUGAAGCUAGUGUUGCCACCAAAGCACAGCUUGAAGUGGCUCAAGCCAGGCAUACAUCUGCUAUCUCGGAACUGGAAUCUGUCAAAGAAGAGCUGGAAACUCUGCAAAGUGAGUAUGAUGCUUUGGUAAAAGAGAAAGAGGUGGCUAUGAAGGAAGCAGAAGAAGCUGUUAAGGCUUCUAAAGAAGUUGAGAGGAAAGUUGAAGAGCUGACAAUAGAGCUGAUAGCUUCAAAGGAGACGUUGGAAUGUGCACAUUCUUCUCAUUUGGAAGCAGAAGAGCAUAAGAUUGGAGCAGUCAUCUCGCGUGAUCAGGAAACUCACAGGUGGGAGAAGGAGCUAAAGCAAGCAGAGGAAGAGCUUCAGAAACUCAAGCACCAUAUAGUUUCAACCAAGGAGCUGAAAGUGAAACUUGACUUUGCUUCAGCGUUGCUUCUUGAUUUGAAGAAAGAACUGUCAGAUUAUAACGAAUCAUCCAACUCAUUACAGGAAAAGUCCCAUGCAGAUAUACAAACAGCUGUUGCUUCUGCAAAGAAGGAACUAGAAGAAGUCAAUGUCAACAUCGAGAAAGCAGCUUCCGAAGUGAAAUGUUUGAAGGUUGCAUCAUCUUCCUUGAGAAUGGAACUUGAGAAAGAGAAAUCAGCACUUGACUCAAUCAAAAAAAGAGAAGGGAUGGCGUCAAUAGCAGUCGAAUCUCUAGAUGCUGAGAUAGACAUAACCAAGCUCGAAAUAGCUCUUGUUGAGUCCAAGGAAAGAGAAGCUAGAGAGGAGAUGGUGGAGCUACCAAAGCAGAUGCAGGAAGCGGCUCAAGAGGCUGAUGAAGCGAAAUCAUUAGCUGAACUAGCUCGUGAAGAGCUGAGAAAGUCUCAAGAAGAAGCAGAGAAGGCAAAGGCUGGAGCAAGUACAAUGGAGAGCAGAUUAGUUGCAGCUCAGAAAGAAAUCGAAGCUGCUAAAGCUUCAGAGAGAUUGGCAUUAGCCACCAUCAAGGCCUUGCAAGAGAGUGAAUCUGCUUUGAAGGAAAACAAUGUUGAUUCUCCGAGAAGUGUUACACUGACAUUAGAUGAGUACUAUGAGCUUUCCAAGCGUGCUCAUGAGGCUGAAGAAGCAGCCAACGCGAAGGUUGCAGCAGCGGUUUCUGAGAUUGAGGAAGCUAAAGAAACAGAGAAGAGAAACUCAGAGAAGUUGGAAGAAGUAAACAAAGAGAUGGAUUCAAGAAAGAAGGCACUUGCAGAAGCCAUUGAGAAGGCUGAGAAGGCUAAAGAAGGGAAGUUAAGUGUAGAACAAGAGCUGAGAAAAUGGAGGGAAGAACAUGAUGUAAAGAGAAAGACUGGUGAUGAUGAAGUGACCACAGAGAAUAGUAAUGGAAAAAGCUUAGAAGAGUCGAAGGAGAAAGAAACAGAGUCUAAUGGAACUGAAAUAAACCCAACACCACAAGCAAAUCCUGUAAAGAAAAAGAAGAAACUUUUCCCAAGAUUUUUUAUGUUCAUGAUGAAGAAGAAGUCAAAUAAGUGA